AUGGACGUGGUCAUGACACAGGCACCGCCCGCAGAGGACACAUCAGCUGCUACUGCUGCUUCUACUUCUACAGCACCAGCACCGGCAGCAGGUGCACCAGCGACAACAGAAAUGGCCGUCGACAACACACCAGUACCCAGUCCUACAUUAUACAUCAAGAACCUCAACGAAAAGAUCAAGCUCGAUGUACUGAAGAAGUCAUUGAAGGUAUUGUUCGGACAAUACGGCCAAGUCCUCGAAAUCGUAGCACACUCCAACAUCCGGAUGCGCGGUCAGGCGUUCGUCGUCUUCGAGGACCAGGAAUCGGCGUCCAAGGCCCUUGCUGAAGUCCAAUCUUUCCCCCUCUACGGCAAGCCCAUGGUGAUCCAAUUCUCAAAGAACAAGUCGGACGCACACGCAAAGAAGGAUGGCGAGUUUGAAGAACAUCACAAGCAGCGCCUUCUCACCAAAGAAAAAUUCGCAAACGAGUUCAAGCACAAGAAGCGCCAACAAAAGCUCCAGGCAAAACAACAAGCCCUCGCCCAGGAACAGCAACGCCUCCACGAAGAACAACAACAAGCCCUCCUCGUCCAACAGCAACAGCAACAGGCCCUCUUUGCCGCCCACAACCAACAACACCAAAACCCUUACCAACAAUACCCACCCUAUGGCGCGCAACAACCGGGCGCUGGCGGCGCAUCAUCACUACCUGGAGCAGGAGCAGGAGCUGCGGCGGCGGGUGGAGUGCCAAUGAUCCCAGACGAGUAUUUGCCCAGGAACAGCAUUCUCUUCCUCCAGAACCUCCCCCAGGAAUCCACUGUGGAAGCACAAUUGGUUUCGUUGUUUCAACAGUACCCUGGUUUCAAGGAGGUCCGUAUGGUUCCGGGCAAGAAGGGCAUUGCCUUUGUGGAGUAUGAUAAUGAGUAUUAUUCUGCGGCUGCCAAGACCGCCCUGGCCGAUUACCAGGUUGGACCCGAGCAUAAGAUGAAGGUUACCUUUGCUAGGAAAUAA